AUAGAGAUAAUGAAGAUGAGUGUGUGUGUGACAAUAGAUGGAAGCUCAUCAUCAUCAUCAGUCCUGCCAAGCUUCCAAGUUCCUUGGUCACCUUUCCCGACCACCUCAACCUCGCUACUUUCCUCAUCCAUGGCAACCCUUUCAUACAAAACCCUUUUCUCAUUCUCGCAUCUUUUUCUCUUCCAACAACUUCCCACGUUGGAAUUCCAAUGAUGAAACUUUUAGACCUCCAAACUUCAACUUCAACAAUGCUAGAAGAACUAAACCUCAGGAUGAAGAUGAAGAAGAGGAAGAAGAUGAUGAUGAUGAUGAAUAUGGGAAGAAGAGGAGGUGGUGGUCUGAUGAGUAUCCGGAAGAAAUUGAUGAAGGAUAUGGUGGAGGUUGGGAAGAAGCUUUGGAUAGUUUGUGGAUUCUCAAGGUUUUUAAAUCCUAUGGUUGGACGCUGCCUAUCAUCUUUGGGUCAUGGUUGCUUUCCACCGGCCCAAAAGCUUUCCUCAUGGCGUUAGCAAUUCCUCUUGGCCAGUCAGCACUUGCACUAGCAUUCGAGAAAUUAUGGGGACGGACCGAGAGCAAACCAAAGCGCAAGUACAGGACAAAGAGGAAACGGCGAAACGUAAAUGACUCUCGAAUUGAGGAAGAACCGGAAGAAAACCAGGAUACUAAUACCAGGAAGGCAGGAAUGCAGUCGUGGGUAGUUGAGAACGACGGUUCAGAUGAUAGUGGUAGCCGAAAUACACCGAAUUUUGGUGGAUGGGAUGACUUGGAGAGACCUAGGCGAGCAACAAGGAGAUCUCAAACAAGGAAGGGGUCACAAAGGGGUCCUAUGGAAGGUGGUAGGUUGAGUAGGAGAGAAAGAAAAAGCGACACACCCCUCUUGGUUCGAUUGCUUAUUGCUAUUUUUCCAUUUUUGGGCUCAUGGACAAAGAUGUUUUAGCCUGCAAUAGUCUCCUCCACAGUGAACUCGAGCUUCGAUGAGUUUGAUUACGAUUUUUUUAAUGGAAUUUGAAUAGAUUUGUAAUGUGAAAUCAACCUUAGAUACAAUGUAUAGCAUAUAAUCAUAUGAUGUUGUAGGAAUAAAUUAGAGAUGUGUACUUGUCAA